GUAGCACAGGAAAUCUUCUGAGAUCUCUAUACAGACACCUCGCUCCGUGCAUCGUCUUCCUCAUCGCGCGAGCGCCGCCACCCAUCCCGCUGCCGAGCGCCCCAGCCCCUUCCUCCUCGCACGAGCGUCUCCACCGCAGGUUGAUCUCCCCUUUGAUUCUCUCACUCCCGACCAUUUCUCCUCCCAUCACCCUACGAACGGAUUCCGCCCUUUAGCUCCCCGUUUCAUAAUCUUCCCCAAUUCGUAACCGAGGCAAAAUUCAAGGUAGGGCGGACCUUGCCCUACUGGGUCCUCCGCCCGUGGUCUCAGAUGGGGUUAUCCUCGACCGACGGCGCGCAGCUGUGCGUCUUCGACCUCAGGAGGGGGCAGCAGGAGGGGCAGGAGCUCGACAAGAUCCUCUUCUUCCACCCCACCGACUGCCCCAUCCUCCUCCAGCUCUCCGUCAUUGGCCUCUGUGAGGGGAUCAUCACUUUCACAAGAAUAUUUUCCCCUGAAGAUGAUUGUGAGGUGAUAGAAUCAGAUAGACAUUCCCAUGUUUUUUACCAAGCUGAGACAGAUAUUUGGAUGGUUCUGGUGGUGGAGAAGACCAAGGAUAGUGAAUCAACCUUGCGUUGUGCUGCAUUGCAAGGAAUACUUAAAGAAUCUCAUUCACUUUUCACAAUGUUUCAUGGCCCAAUCCGAUCUUUACUUGACAGAAAACCAAGUGCUGAACUUGCCCGCGGUCACCUCCACACAUUUAUCACAGAUUAUUUAAGCGAUUUCACUGUUGGCAAAAAGCUACAAUUGCCAACCUACCGUGACAGCCUAAAGGAGCGGGGAACAGUCCAAAUGCUAACAGUCUCACGAGAAGUGGCACUUGAAGUUCAGUCACUCGCCACAGUUCUUGGAUCGUGUCUUGGAAAUGUUGCCUGCCAAUCAAUUGUAUUAUUCGAGGAUCUCUUGGUAUCUACGACACUUUCCCCGGAUGAUACACUAAACCUAUAUACGUAUGCUAUCCUGCGGUUGACUCCUCGUGCUUUAUCCAAUGCAAACUCAUGGUCUUAUUUGCGGAAAGGGGUUUAUGUUAAUGCUGGCUCCACCUCAAGUUCGUCGAAUGGAGCAGCUACAGCAGAAAGGUAUCAUAGUCGAUCUCGUGAUACUUCUCCUGAUGGACAAAAUCAGAUGCGUCAUAAUUUCAGGCCUCUCCAGCGUGAGAAAUUGUCUAAGGGAAAGGAUGGUUUUGUUGCUGCUGAGUUUGCAACUACAGAAGUUCGUGGUGCUGUACCUUUGACUCCGAUACUGUGGUUCCAGCAGGCAGAGGAGCGCAUGUAUCUAUGUGUUUAUCAGCACAAGAGCCUCACCAUCUUAUUGCUGAUUCCAGCUUCCUCGCUAAUAAACGGAGAAGAGGGUAUUGCUCAUGUGAAGAGGCAUCUUCUUGAAAAUGCAUCAGAGAACAUUGUCAUGGUUGAACAAAAACUAGCACGAGGAUGGGGAGGAGAAAAUGCCUAUCAUGUUGGUGGAUAUCGUUACUUACUCGUGGAUCCAGACAGAAAAAUAUCAAGAGCCUCCCCGCCUGGGAAAGUCACCACCCUGUCAAAGGAUUCUCUACUUGCCCUCAAUAGGCUGAGAGAAGAAAUGGAUUUAGAGAAGUCAAGAGCUAAGAGGAGUGACCCUACCCGGGACAAAGACUUUGAAGUAUGCAUCAGAGCGAAAAACAAUGCAUGGGUUAUUGCUAAAAUUACUCGAGGAAGAGAACUCUAUAUGGCUUUAGAGAAGGGUGGGGAAACACUUCUUUAUGCGUCUACAGCUGUCGAGAAAUUUAGCAACAGGUACUGUGAAGGAGCAUUCUCGACAGACUAAAAGCACCACCACGAGAUGUCGCCUCUUCUCCAUUGUACAACAAAUGGGGUCGGACUGGAUGGUUCCUUUAAGGUGUAAUGAAAGUGGGUCUCUCGUCAUGACUGGAUUCAUACUAGGUGUACUAAAGUCUAUGCGUGAAAAGAGACUUCCGAUAAUAAUAUAGAGCAGACCAGCAUGGCUUGCCUUACAGUCUUGCGGCCUUCCAGGACACAUUCUCGUUUCUAUGCUGACGAUGGACUUGCUGACGAGGGUAGUUAACUUGCGGAUGUAUUAUGUUUCAUAGCCGUUGUCAGUUUGUGUGUUAUUUUGAGUUGCUCAAUGUUUACUAAACAGUUUACCAGUUUUUUAUACUGCCUAUUUGAGAAUAUGAAUGGAAAAGAGGCUUGAAAGUUGAAACUUCCACAAAA